AUGGAUAAUUUCGUUUUUUCGUCAGAUUCGUCAUCAAGUGAUGUGUCUUAUGGGUUCGACGAUUAUGAUGAUGUCGUCGAGUGUGCGGUUGUUAUGUCCGUUAAUCUAGCGAUGCGAGCCGCGGUUAGAGAUGGCGAAGCCGAACUGCGACAGCAAUUUCGGAGGUGCGUCACGCUUGUACGUAACCGUGCAGAGGCGCAAGAACGGUUGAUGCGUGACUACUUUGUUGUCGAACCAACUUACAACCCGAGAAUUUUUCGGCGCCGUUUUCGUAUGCAAAAGAGGUUGUUUUUGAGGAUUUGUGGUGAUUUGGAGAAGGAGUAUAGGUAUUUUCAGCAAAGAUAUGACGGUGUCGGGAAACUUGGUUUUAGAGCAAUUUAA